AGUUACUACCGGGUGUGUUAUAUCAUACAUCUUCACCCUCUAGAAAAAAGCAUUGCGCCACCUGCCCCGUAUUUGAGAAAAUGAGAGAGCUGCUGAACACCGCUGUGCACAAAGACAAAUUGAUACUGAUGUAGGUAAUGAUAGGCACGUAGCCUGAUAAAGCCAUACCGUUGGUGCUAUUUAGUGACAGUUAACGUCAGAUCCACGCUAGGAGCUUUCCUCUCAGAAAAGCUGGGCUGGGCUCUUUAUGAGGGAGAUGACUUCCACCCAAAGGAGAAUAUUGAGAAGAUGGCUGAUGGCAAACCGCUCACAGACCAGACUGCCUUGGCUCCUCAAACUACACGAUGUCAUUUCUAAAGAAAGGUGUUCAAGCUGUGAUGCCAUCGUGGUGUGUUCUGCCCUGAGACGCCUCUACCGACAAAUCCUUCUCCAUGGCCACCAAGCUGUCACGUCCUCUACCUGUCCUGACCAGGAAAUCCCACUCCCCAUCAUUCCUGAUGUCCACUUCAUCUUUCUAUAUGGUACCUAUGAGCUCAUCCACCGGAGGAUGGCAGCCAGGAGGGGACAUUUUAUGAACGUGGAUAUGCUGCGUUCCCAAUUCAGUGUACUGGAACCUCCACUGGAGGAGAAAAAUGUGUUGCCACUGGACAUCAAGAUGAGUGUCCCUGACAUCGCCAUGGAGAUAGAGAAACACCUACUGAGCCUCAAGUCGCCACUGGUGCUGUAACCAGGGCAAAAGAAUGAAACAGGCCAUCCUAAACUUUGAAUGAGACUGGUCAUUCGAAAGAGUGGAUCGCGUCAGAGAUAUUGUCAUGUUUAUAAACCUAUGUUCAUACGUAAGUGUAGGUGGACAGUAAAGCAUCUGCAAAGGAAUCAUAUGUGAGGCACUUAAAACAACAUGCAGUGGGGGUCCGCAGUGGUGUAGCGGUCUAAGCAUCGGCUUUGUGUCAAUGCAGUUGCCCAUUGGGGACUGAGGUUCACGCCCUGAUCUCGUCAGAUCUGACUAUGACCGGAUUCGAUGAAGCAGCAAUAAUUGGCAACGCUGUCUUCGGGAGGGGGGUGGAGUCGGCUUGUGUUCGUCACAUGAAUGCGUCUCAGGGUGUGUUGGAAAAAAACAGUGGUUCGGCCUGGAUUCGCCUUGUCAUGAAAGUGGCGAGGCGUCUCCUUCGAGACUGCCGGCCGGAGAGAUGCAGUUGGUGAACGCAUGCAGUACGAGGGUGGGAGUUUGAACUAGAAUGGGGAGCGAUUGGCUGCUAAAUUGGGAGAAAAAGGGAAAAAAUCAGAAAUAAAUUUUAAAAAAACAACAACAUGCAGUGUUGGGAGUUUUUGUUUUGUUGGCUCACUAGGAUUUCAGAGAGUUAAAUGCAUCAUACCUGACUCCCUACAGACUGUAUCAGGUGACUGAGUCUUUAACAGCACAGAGGCAGACUGAAAUGUCCAUUGAAAUUUUCUCUUUUCAAAAGGAAAACACGCAAAAUCUUGAAUUUCAGUUAUAUAACUUGGCUGAACUCUCAAAGACCUAAGUGUAUCUGUAACAUUGAGGAAAGUACAAACAAAGUCAUUUUCGACCAUGUAGUAAAGUCAAACAGGCUUGCGCCAUACAAGAAGGUACGUUGUUACUUGAUGUGUAUUACAUUUGUCCUAAAGCACAAGCUCUCAGUGGCUUAAAAUAAGGUAAAAAGAACAAACCCCCCUUUUUUGGACCAUGUUAUAAGGCGUCUUUAGCCUGGUAGGCUAAUGAAUACUAAGUAAUGAAUCUGUACAGCAGGAUGAGGUGUUUGUUGUCUUUGAUAUGUAGGACUUUUCAGUUGUAAAUCACAUUUCAGUGGCCUCACGUAUACGAAAUAGGUAGCGAUUGUACAGAAAACGGCUUGUGUUCUAUUAUAACAGGUGUCUGAAAUUCUGAUUUGACCAGAAAUGUAAAGCGUUUUGAGUGGCUGUUGCAGCUAGA